GCGGCCGCAGCAGUGUCUGGGGACCGCGGCGGCACGCUGGAGGCGGCCAUGGCGAGGCAGUACGACUCAGUGGAGUGUCCCUUUUGUGACGAGGUGACCAAAUAUGAGAAGCUCGCCAAGAUCGGCCAAGGCACCUACGGGGUGGUGUUUAAGGCCAAGCACCGCCAGACCGGCCGGAAGGUGGCUCUGAAGAAGGUCCUGAUGGACAACCAGCAGGCGGGCUUCCCCAUUACGGCCUUGCGGGAGAUCAAGAUCCUCCAGCUCCUAAAACACGAGAACGUGGUCAACUUGAUUGAGAUUUGCCGAAGCAAACCCUCCCCGAAUAACGGCUGGAGGGGCAGCAUAUACCUGGUGUUGGACCUCUGCGAGCAUGACCUUGCUGGACUGCUGGGCAACGUUUUGGUCAAGUUCACGCUGUCUGAGAUCAAGAGAGUGAUGCAGAUGUUGUUGAACGGCCUCUACUACCUCCACAGGAACAAAAUCCUGCACAGGGACAUGAAGGCUGCCAACGUGCUCAUCACCCGCGAUGGGGUCCUGAAGCUGGCAGACUUUGGGCUGGCGCGGGCCUUCAGCCUGGCUAAGAACCGCCAGCCCAACCGAUACACCAACCGUGUGGUGACACUCUGGUACCGGCCACCGGAGCUGUUGCUCGGGGCGCGGGACUACGGGCCCCCCAUUGACCUGUGGGGUGCUGGGUGCAUCAUGGCGGAGAUGUGGAUCCGCAGCCCUAUCAUGCAGGGCCACACGGAGCAGCACCAGCUCGCCCUCAUCAGCCAGCUCUGUGGCUCCAUCACCCCUGAGGUGUGGCCAAACGUGGACAGGCACGAGCUCUAUGGGAAGCUGGAACUGGUCAAGGGCCAGAAACGGAAGGUCAAGGACAGGCUGCGGCCCUAUGUGCGCGACCCCCACGCACUGGACCUCAUCGACAAGUUGCUGGUGCUGGAUCCUGCACAGCGCGUCGACAGCGAUGACGCCCUCGACCACGACUUCUUCUGGUCUGAUCCCAUGCCCUCGGACCUCAAGGGCAUGCUGUCCAACCACCUGACGUCCAUGUUUGAAUACCUGGCGCCGCCACGCUGGAAGGGCAGCCAGAUCACCCAGCAGUCCGACAACCGGAACCGCAAUCCCGCCACCAUCAACCAGACGCACUUUGAGCGCGUCUUCUGA